AGCAAUGUUGGGAACUCUUGAACCAAAACAGAAGUCAAAAUGGAAAGAAUAUGUUAAACCUCUCGUUCAUGCGUACAAUUGUACCAGAAAUGAAGUGACAGGAUAUAGUCCUUAUGAACUUAUGUUUGGACGCUGUCCUCGACUCCCGAUUGAUCUUGCUUUUGGUCUUCCUAUCUGUGAAGAGAAAUGUCCAUCACAUUUGCAGUAUGUACAGAACCUGAAGUCACGGUUGAAAAAGAGUUAUCAAAUUGCAUCAAAGAACUCUGCCAGAAGUGCUAAAAGAAACAAGACUCGGUUUGAUCAGCGAGUUCUACCAUCCAAGCUGGAAGUUGGAGACCGAGUACUUGUGCGGAAUGUGAGACUCAGAGAUGCUGAAAGACCAACUGAGACAGUUCCAGUCACAAAACCCCAGACACGUCAACACACCAAGAAACGUCAAGAAUCUUCUGAGGACUCUGCAGAAGUUUCUCCAGUGGAAAAACAACCUGUUGAAAUUCUUUCAAAUUCUGAGAGUUUGAAGUCAGUUGUUGAAGUGGAAUCAAUUGAACCAGAAUCUAGUGUCAAAGAGCAACCUGAUGUUUCUGCAGAACGAGUUCCACCUCAUCCUGAAGACUUACCUGAUCCAGGUAGCCCCGUUGGUGAAACUGUUCCUGUUCCUGAAAUUUCUUUGAACAGAUCCCCAAACCUUGAUGGCAUAAAUCAAAUUGAUGACAUUUCUCUACGACGCUCAACACGUCACAGAGUGGCACCUAAACGGCUUCAAUAUACUACUUUAGGCAAUCCGCUUAUUUCAGUUGUUCAAACUUUAUUGCACAGUUUGUCUGAUGCUUUAGUUUUGACACCCACCACUUCCAGCAAUGUUCACAUUGUUUAAUGUUUACA